UUGGAACUUUUAAAUGCUCCCAAUUUAGUGCAGAGUCCACGAUGAUCGACAUUACCGAUGUUUGUGGCAAAUGUUACAAAAUGCCGUUGUAGAAACGAACAAAUUCGCUGAAUAACAUUACUGAAAAAUCAACUGAUGAGCUAAUUAUCAUGACACUGUUACACCAUGGCACAUAAUUUUUUUGUUUCAUACAAUUAUUUUAUUUACGAAUUGAAACAGUGUCUUCCCGUUCAAAACUUAAGGGGGCUGUCUACCUAAUUAAUGCGUUUUGAAGCGGUCGGAAAGAAUAUGCGACUAGACGUGAAGAGAAUAUUCUGAGAGUUUUGGAACAAGUUUUAAAUAACUUAUCACUUUUUUCUAUAGAAUGCAAUGCAUUUCACUUAUAUUUUUGAAUACAUUAUGCUAAUUUACUUCAGAAAUCAAAUAUUUGAAAAAGUAUAGUUUUCUUACAGCGCGCAAGAUAUUUUCAAAGCUAUUCAUGCAAACGCAAUCGUCAAAAUUCCGACGUAUUCUACAAAUAAUUUGCCACAAAUUGUCAUAAUCGUUUUAGAAAAUAAUUAGAAUUAACAAAGAUACAAUUUUUUUAAAUCAAAAUAAUUUGUUACAUAAAAAAUAAUAUUGAUAUUAAUAAAUUAAAUCAUUAUUUGUAAGGAACGACAAGAAGAUACCGCAUUCAUUUUUAUGUUUUACAGGAGCAUUAAUGAAGAAAUCGAAAAUAUCUGGAACUGAUCGGAAAGGUCGGAAUAUAUAUAUACCGGCAAAAUAUUGCAGCUCUUCUGAGGAGAAUACUACAACGAAAAUGAUUAAUGAUAGACCUGAUAAUAUUAAUAUGGAAUACGAAAUUGGCAAGAUGGUCUCGUCGUUAAAUUGUGCACCUUCUGCAUAUACUAACUCGGCGGAGUCGUCAGCGCCAAGCACCAUCGCAUCCGAAACACCACCACAAAGCAAUGUGUCCUACCCUUCAAAUAUUGAACCGCUGCACAAUUACAACUCGACACAGUACUCGAAUCCAAAGCAACAUUCGAACUCAAUGCACUCACCGCAGUACACCAACAUGAACACCGUUCCUGCUCUAUCCGGUUACGCACCGCCAUUUCCAUAUCACCAUCAUGGAAGUCCGAAUAAUAAUGGACAAAUAGAUGACUUUCUAAAGACAAUGUUGGAUGCAAUCGAGAAGGUGGGCACUGCAGUAUAUGCAAUCCGAGACGAAAUUAAUGAACGACUCGAUGGAUUCGAAAAACGUAUAUUUGAGAAUGUCGAUAAGUUACGGAAAGAUCUACUGCAGCAAAUGGUUGAUCGUAAUGCUCAACAGCCACAUCAGUCCUAUAAACCACCGAAUGGGUUUCCUUUGCGAACGUUGGAGCAGCUGGAUGCCUUCCUUCAAAAUGCUGACCAAAUACAAAACUUGAAAUUGUAUCUAUCGUCCGUCGGCGGAGGAACUGUCAAGGAAACGCUGAACCAAUUUCUAAAAGAAACCCUUCAUGAGGAGUUGGUGACAAAUUUUACGUGGGUUAGAGCUGAAGGAACUCGUUCUGUGUACAACUCUAAAAUGGCAGAGAUAUAUUUUGAUGGUCUAGUACUAUGCAAUAGGAGAGUAGGGAGUCGUGAAUUCGCGCAGACAAUGCAGGAGGUUUUGCGCAUUGCUAAACAGCGAGGUCGAGACAAAAAACGACGGGAAAGGUUCCCACUGGGUCCAAGGCAGCAAAUCGAACGUGAAAUCGAACAGAGAUAUGGUAGAGGGCAACAAAUUGUUUUCCAGAGAAAAAAUGGAAGGGAGGAUUCCAAUGAAGAAAACAACAAUUCAGAUAGUAAUUCGGAAAAUUGAAUCUUCUGUAUUAUCUUUUUGAUUUUGUUUUAUAUUUCUUUUAGCCUUUCGAUGGCCGUGCUUUAAGACUGCCUAUAAUUUACGUAUUAUAUUAAUAUACUAUAUAUUAUAAUUAAUAUAAAGGUGUUACUUUUGAAUUUAAAGUCGUAUUCAACUGUGAUAAAAAGUUUUUUUUUUUAUAGAAAAUAGAAAUGGAAAAGGUACAUAUGUCUCUCUUAUUAUUAUUAUAUUAU